AUCAGUUGAAGGUCAGGGGUAAUUUUCCCGUAAACAGAAGCCUGGCAUUGUGGCGUGAGCAGUGAGCACGCUACUUCUUCUCGAGACCUGAUUCGCUUUCCUCUGUUUGGGAAAGAGGAAUACCAAAGUAAAUUGCAUCAGAGUUGUCGAAUAUUAGGAAUCCAAUCAGGAGAACUACGGACCGGAAAUGGAGGAAUCGGUGAACAAGGUAGAAGAAGAAAUCAACACAAUUCUGGAGCAAGCGAAGGAGUUGCAGGAAUCAGCUGCUUCCCUAAUCUCCCGGAGCAACAACGACGAGCAAUCCCUCCGCCAGAAAGCUCUGUCUCUGGAGUCCUCCAUUCGCAGUCUCCGGUCGUUGAUUGACUCCCUUGUCUCGCGGAAGCUCUUGGAUUCCAACUUAGCUGAUAAGCUAGAAGAUGAUUUGCAGAGAGCCAGAUGUAUUUUAGCGGACGGAGAUGCCGCUGCUUUCCUUCCCACCAAAGCACAGGGACGAUUCCUGAAGAUGUUUUUGGGGCCAAUCAAUGUCUGUGCCACUCGCAAAGACGUUCAGUUGAAGGUUAAAGAGGAAUAUAAUAGCUACAGAGAUAAAACUGCUCUCCUGUUUCUUCUUUUCCCAUCAAUACUGCUUUUUUUAAGAUCUUGGGUGUGGAAUGGAUGCCUGCCUGCAUUUCCAGUACAGUUAUACCAGGCCUGGCUGUUGUUCCUUUAUAUGGGUUUAGCUAUGCGAGAGAACAUACUGCAAGCAAAUGGAAGUGAUAUUCGCCCUUGGUGGAUUUAUCAUCACUAUUGUGCUAUGAUUAUGGCCUUAGUUAGUCUCACACGGGAGAUCAAAGGGCAGCCAAAUUGUGCUCAAAAGCAGAGAGGUGUAGAACUUUUCCUUCAAUGGGCUAUUAUGCAAGGUGUUGCUAUGCUUCUUCAAAACAGAUACCAACGCCAGAGAUUAUAUACUCGUAUUGCACUAGGAAAGGCUAAGAGAAUGGAUGUUGUCUGGGGAGAAACAGCUGGAGUGGAUGGCCAAUUGUGGCUUUUAUGUCCUAUACUGUUCCUCAUGCAGAUAUUUGAGGCAUAUGUUGGACUACAAUUGCUCAAGACUGCAUUAGUUGGGGUUGUUCCUGAGUGGCAGGUAAUAUUUUGUGGGCUACUUUUCGUUUUCAUGGCAGUUGGGAACUUCAUUAACACUGUAAAGACACUCAUGGUGAAGUCAAGAUUCAAGGCAAAGAUGAAAAGAACAAAGAGCAAGCAAGAGUUGUAUUAGGGCACUCCUGAUUAUUAGGUUAAAAACAUAGCUUUAUACGGUCUCAAUUUUUUUAAUGGGUUUUUUUUUUGUUGUCUCAUAUGUUUGUUAAGCUUAGCCAAUCGAAAUUUCCUGUUUUUGUUUUUGGUUUUGUUUUUGUUUUUUUUUUGGUAUAUUGGAGAAGUUUGUUGCUUGAUGGUGCAAGGGUUUAAACCCUUAUCUCAACCUCAAAUUACUGUUUUUAUGUUAGUGAGUACCAACUCGGCUAAGCCUUGUUGGUUCUUUGUUUGUUUUCCUUUUUGACUGCGUAUUGUCUAUUCUCAUCUCCCUUA